AUGAGAGCAAAAUCAGACACAGCAUUCAGUGAAUUUCUUCUUAGGAUUGGGAAUGGAGAUGAACCAACAGUGACCCAGAAUCUCAUAAAACUGUCUAAUGCAAUAUUGAUCCAGAAUCAAGGUGAUGACCUACCGGAAGAUUCUCUCAUAAAUUUAAUUUUUCCAUCUUUAGAUGAGAAUUUUAAGUCUAUUGACUAUAUGAAAGAUAGAGCUAUCCUUGCAACAAAAAAUGAAUAUGUUGACAUGUUAAAUGAUAGACUAAUAAAAAGGUUUCCAGGAGAAGGAAAAGAAUUCUAUAGCUUUGAUGAAGCAGUUGAUGACACUAAUCAUCAUUACCAAGAAGAAUUUUUGAACACUCUGCUCCCUAAUGGACUACCGCCACACAAGCUGAUGUUGAAAAAAUAUUGUCCAAUUAUUUUACUAAGGAACUUGGAUCCAACUAAUGGACUGUGCAACGGUACAAGAAUGGUAUGUCAAGAUUUUAACUAUAAUGUAAUUCAAGCUAAAAUCACAAUGGGCCAACAUGCUGGGAAAGAAGUUUUCUUGUCAAGAAUACCAUUGUCACCAGCAGAAGAUGAAGGAUUACCAUUCAAGUUCAAACGCAAACAAUUUCCCAUAAGAUUAUGUUUUGCAAUGACAAUUAAUAAAUCCCAAGGGCAAACAAUACCUAACGUAGGUAUUUAUCUACCUGAACCAGUGUUCUCUCAUGGGCAAUUAUAUGUUGCUUUAUCGCGGGAUACUUCUAUGAUGACAACCAAAGUCUUAAUAACAUCAGAUGGAAAAUUUGCAGAAGAGGAACAAUACACAAAGAAUGUUGUAUACAAGGAAGUUCUCCAGCCAAAGGACCACGAGGAAUAA